AUGGCUAUCGGAAUCGCAAUCGUCGGAAGCGGCAAUUUUGCGAAAGAGCAGCACUUGCCUGCUGUACAAGCUUCCACCAAUCUACAGCUCAAGGCUAUCUAUUCCCGGUCUCUUAAAUCAGCCCAAGAACUUGCUAGCGGUGCAACUGCCGUUGAUCUUUACUCCGAGGAUUCUGGUUCUGGUAAAUCUUACACAGAUCUACUAACCAGAGAAGAUAUCGGAGCCGUGACGAUUGCACUCCCAAUCCUCGUUCAGCCUGAGUUCAUCAAGAAAGCUCUUCUAGCGGGCAAGCAUGUCCUCUCAGAGAAGCCGAUCGCGAAGGACAUCGCAACUGCCCAGGAGCUUCUCCAGUGGUACCAAACCAACAUCGAUACCACCAAGGUAUUCUGGGCUGUCGGAGAGAACUUUCGGUAUUUGACCAAGUUUAUUUUCGCAGCUGAGCAGGUGCGCCAACUGGGACCUGUCCGAAACUUCAGGAUCAAUGUCCACAGCCUGGUCAAGCCUGAUAACAAGUACUAUUGUAAGUUUGCCAAGGGACAAGGAUCAAAAGAUGAUGCGUUCCAGUAUCUGCACUUCUGCAUAGGAUUCGGACUCACGAAAACAGUGACUGCCUGGCGUAAGGCCCCGGAGUACCAGGGCGGAUUCCUUCUUGAUGGAGGUGUGCACCAGCUGGCAGGUCUUCGUCUGAUCUUGGGAUCUGCAGACAAGGUUACCACGGUUUCGGCUCAGUCCCAACAGCAACAACCUUAUCUCCCACCUGUCGAUACAGUGGAUGCUGUUGUGAAGACUAGCUCUGGAGCUACUGGUAUCAUAUCUAUGUCAUGGGGUUCAUCUUUUAACGACAACAUUUUCGAGUUUUCUUGCGAGAAAGGCGUGGUGAAGCUUCAUUUUGACGGUGUUGAAGUCAACAACCAUGACCAUAUUGUUCCAUUUGACGGAAAAGGCGUCGUCCCUGAAGAGGCGUUGGCUGAUCUGGAGAUGCUGGAGCAAAUGCUGCAGAGUGCCGAACGGGAUGGGGAAAAGAUGCCGCUGCAGUGGCACAACCCCCGUUUCGCUUACGCCCAAAUCACACUAGUGUGGGUCUCCCACCGCAGCCAGCCUGAAGUUUUUGAGAUUGACUUCGUUCCGACACGACAACUCUCGAACGCCCGGCGAGACCCAGCAACACCGACAAAGUGA